GAGCCAUUGGAAGAGCUGCAAACCUAAGUAUUCCUAGUCCCAGGAAGGUAGCCGCUCCAGAGAGAUGUCUCCAUUGUUCUUGGCCAAUAUAGGUCAAGACGAAGGAAGAUGAGGGAUGGAGGAUGGGGCUGGCCCCCACCUCAGGCUCCUUUGGAUCAGGUUUACCUGCUAGGCACUGUGCUAUCUGGGGAAGUUGGUGCAUCUUUAAUGAAGUCACCGGAUACCUGGGACAAGCUUUUGGCUCCACCAAGUUCCUGAAGCCAGACCUACUGGUGCCCACCAAGUCACCAACUUCUGUGCCUGGGUACCAGGCCUCUCUCUCCUUCAACCAUGAGCCAGGCCUUCUGGAAAACCUACAAGUCCAAAGUGCUACAGACCCUGAGUGGGGAAUCUGAGGAGGACCUGGCAGAGGAGAGGGAGAACCCAGCCUUAGCAGCAUCUGAGACAGCAGAACCCACUGAAGAGGCCUUCAAUCCCAUGUCACAGCUGGCCCGCAGGGUCCAGGGCGUAGGGGUGAAAGGUUGGCUAACCAUGUCAUCGUUGUUUAACAAAGAAGAUGAAGACAAGCUGCUGCCACCGGAGCCCUGUGCUGACCAGUGCUGGAACGUGUUUAUGGGCUGUCUUGCCCACGCUGCACUGGGAAGGGCUGUGUUUUCAGAAUCCAGACACAGAGAGAGCCUUCAAACAUUUGCAAAUUCCUGGACACUCCUUCGGAGAUGA